UUACUGUAACAUACAUCGAGAAAAGACGCCGGGUGGGUUCAUCGAUAUUAAAAAUGUUUUCGGCUGUUUCCAAAGUAGGGGUAGUUGCUCCAUUUGUGUCCGCAACAGCUCAGAAUGUAGGAUCUCAGCUUAGACAAGCAGUCGUCACAGCUCCAACAUUUUUUCACAAAUUCACACUACCUGAGAAGGAAGACAGACUUACGUCUGAGAAGCUCGGCGCUUUGCUACCGAAGAGUCAUGGUACACGGGCUACGUGUGGAGUCCAAGGUGCUGGACAGGUAAGGUUCGCACACACGGACAUCCAAGUACCAGACUUUUCAGAGUACAGACGGGACCAGUCAAGAGAUCCCCAGAAGCCAGCAAGCACAUCAUCGACUGACCGUCAGAUGUUCUCCUACCUCUUGGUUGGCGGUGGAAGUAUCGCAGCAGCAUACAGUGCAAAGAACAUCGUCACCGACUUCAUCCAGACCAUGAAUGCCUCUGCCGAUGUGUUGGCCAUGGCCAAGAUUGAAAUCAAGCUGGAAGAAAUCCCAGAGGGUAAGAACAUGACCUUCAAAUGGAGAGGAAAACCACUCUUUGUCAGGCAUAGGACGCAGGAAGAGAUUGAUGAAGUGGUAGCUGUCGAUGUUGGAUCAUUGCGAGACCCUCAACACGACAAAGAACGUGUGCAAAAAGAUGAAUGGCUGGUCCUCAUCGGGGUGUGCACCCAUCUCGGAUGUGUACCCAUCGCCAAUGCUGGAGAAUACGGAGGCUACUACUGUCCCUGCCACGGCUCCCAUUACGAUGCCUCGGGCAGGAUCAGGAAAGGACCCGCCCCUCUUAAUCUUGAAAUCCCUGAAUACGCCUUCCCCACAGACGACUUACUUGUUGUAGGUUAACGUUUGGAAUACAAAGCCAUAGCAUGGCACUUUAUUUUGUGAUCAGGAAUUCUAUGUAUGCUUUUCCACAAUGCCCUUAUUUAACAUCCUUUACUCACCCUCAAUCAUUAUAUAAAGAUAAUCUUCUCUUGUUUAACCAGAUAGAAAAAUUCUUGUUGACUGAAAGGAAUACAUAAAAGUGAAAUUAUACAGAUUAUUGAAUUCACAGGUACCAUAUGAACCUAGCCAGCAUUCAUUCAGUUGCAAGACAUUUGAUUACCACUGUAAAAUUCAGUUUAAUAUGUAACUAAUUAUUACUAGCUUUAUCGAUCAUCGGUGGAGCUUAUGAAUUCACGAAGGAGAUGAAUUUCAUGGUCAAAUUGAAGUUAUUUAUUAAAAUAUUACACAUUUAUGAAACCCAAUACAUUUUUAUUAGCGUCGGUUUUGUUCCCAGAUGUAAGGAUUGUGGAAAAGGACAUGUAUAUAAUAUAUACAGCAGAUUGGGCAUGUGCUAUGAAGGUGAACUUGAAAAAUCCAUCCUCAAGUUUAUUUGUGCAUUAACCCCAUUCAUAUAUAUAUGCCCACCCUUUUUGCUGUUGAACCAUACAGAAACUAGGAUUUUACAGAUGUGUGUUUUACUCUUGUACAACAGUUGAAUGAAAUUGAAGAGACCUUUAUUAAAUGAAUGUUCAAAGUUGA